AUGGCCCAACGCGUUGCCAUUCCUGAUGACUGCGUAUACGAGGGAUACGGUAAUCUUUACCGCGGAGAUGCGGAGGUGACACCGCCCCAGCCGAUUGUGGGAGCACGUGGCGGCAAUGGUGUCUUGUACGGCACCAUUGAUAGCGAGGAGGCACUGCGGCAACUCCGCACCGCGCUCCGCGUCGACGUUCAUCCGCAGCUGAAGGCGCUCGUGCAAGAAAAGAAAUUAGACGAAGUGGCGUCAUCACCGGCAAGCCUGCCCUGGCUGGUCUGUCGCCCGAAUGCACUGCCGUUGAGGACGUUGCCUUCGUCCUUUUCAUCAGGGACGCGAUAUGAGAUUGAGCGGAUGAAAUCACAGUGUCGCUUUCUGCGUGACUGGCUUAUGUGCCACGAAACUCCUGAGGAACGUGUAGAAGCGAGGGAGUUUUUGCGCACGGCACAGCGCCUCCUGCAGAAGGAGUCUGUGGAGGAGCUGUUGGGUCGUACAGAAAACCUGCUCCAGCAGCUGGAGAAUUGGCCCGCUGUGGUUGAAAAGGCCCGUCCCCAUAUAGCAGAAUGGAACAACGACAAAUCAUUGACUGAGUUGCGUGAAUUUGUCGGGGAUGUGCUUGGAACAGAUGAGGUUUGCGCACGACUGUCGAAGUUGACAUGUCGGUUCUCGCUUCUUGCUCCGUUGUUAGAAGAGGCGGCUUUCCGCUCGGCAGCACUGGAAGAAAUGGAGCAGUGGUCCUCCGAGGCUACUGUUUCUUCUUUGCGUUCCUUGCGGGCUUCCAUUCACGACUGGGAGCUGAGGGUUGCGAAGGAUCAGCAGAACGUGCUGGACAGCUCCCAAUUGCUGCUGGAACGCAUUGCGGCCGUCAGGAAUAAAAGAAGAGAAUCUGCGGGGGAUUUGACAUGA